UUAUGAACCGUCGGAUGAAAACCCAAUUACGUGGCGCACGUACAUCGUGGAGAGGAAAUGAAACCCGCACCGCACCCAAUUCAACCACCACAUCAUCAACUGGCCCAAACCGAAAAUUCCCAAUCUUCACCUGGUAAAAUUAGGGUUUCUCAUUUGCCUCGUCUCUUCGUGAAAUUCAAUCGAUGGGUCGGUCCCGAGCAGCUUCGCAUCCCGCUGCAGACAAUCACAACCAGAGUAGGGGCAAAAGAAAGAGAACAGCUUCAGGUGCAGAGCCAGCAGAGAACAGUAGCACAGCUCAGAAAGCUGUAGCCCAAGAAACUAGCGAACCCAAAGGGGCUUUCUACCACUGCAAUUAUUGCAACAAAGAUAUAUCUGGGAAAACUCGCAUAAAGUGUGUGGUAUGCCCAGAUUUUGACCUUUGCAUUGAGUGCUUCUCCGUUGGAGCUGAACUUACACCUCACAAAUGCAAUCAUCCAUACAGGGUUAUGGACAAUUUGUCUUUUCCACUUUUAUGUCCAGACUGGAAUGCAGAUGAAGAGAUGCUAUUGCUUGAGGGUAUUGAAAUGUAUGGAUUUGGGAACUGGACCGAAGUUUCUGAACAUGUUGGAACAAAAAGCAGACAACAUUGUAUUGACCAUUUUAAAGCUAUAUAUAUGAACUCUCCGCGCUUUCCUCUACCAGACAUGUCUCAUGUUAUGGGAAAGAGCAGAGAGGAGCUUCUUGCCUUGGCUAAGGGCUCGGGUGAAAUCAAGAAAGAAGUUCCCAUGCUUGUGGAGAUUACGUUGAAAGAGGUGUCCCCCUUUUCCACAGGAGUCAAGUGUGAAGAAUCAAAAAAGAAUCCAGCUUGUCAAUCUUCAUCCCACUCAACUGCUGAUGAUGCCUCGGGUCUGGUCCUAGGUGCUGUGAAGAAGGCAUCCAACAAAGCGCAGAUUAAGGAUGAGACUAAAGUCUGUAAAGUGGAAGAAUCUCAAGUUGAUCGGAGCGUCGGAGGGAAAAAACUAAGGAGUUUAGGGGACGAGGGACCUUCUAUAACAGAAUUUAGUGGCUAUAAUUUCAAGAGACAAGAGUUUGAAAUUGAAUAUGAUAACGAUGCUGAGCAGAUACUGGCAGAUAUGGAAUUUAAAGAUUCUGACACUAAUGCUGACCGGGAAUUGAAACUACGAGUUCUACACGUCUACUCAAAGAGGCUUGAUGAGAGGAAACGUAGGAAGGAUUUCAUACUUGAAAGAAAUCUGCUGUACCCUGACUCUUUUGAGAGGAACCUCUCACCUGAAGAGAGAGAAAUAUAUCACCGCUUCAAGGUUUUCAUGCGGUUCCACUCAAAUGAAGAGCACAAGGAAUUGCUGAAGAGUAUCAUUGAGGAACAACAGAUUGUCAAAAGAAUACUAGAUCUUCAGGAGGCUAGAACAGCUGGCUGUAGGACAGCUGCUGAAGCAAGCAGAUACCUUGAGGAGAAGAGGACAAAGGAAACUGAAGAAAGUUCCCUAAGGAUCAAAGAAAGCUCUCAGGCUGGUAAAGGCUUGCAGAUCAGUCCUCGGGGAGCUUUUAAAGGUCCGCAUCCUGUUAGCAAGGACUCAUUUUUAACUACGCAAGCCAUUUCCAGCUCCUUGGACUAUUGGGACAUCACUGGCCUAGUCGGGGCCGAUUUACUCUCCGAAACCGAACAAAGACUUUGCAGUGAGAUGAGAAUCCUGCCUUCACAUUAUCUAAACAUGCUGCAGAUCAUCUCCACAGAGAUUGAGAAUGGCAAUGUUAAGAAGAAAUCUGAUGCCCAUAGUCUGUUCAAGGUUGAACCAUCCAAAGUUGAUAGGGUUUACGAUAUGCUUGUGAAAAAGGGAAUGGCUCAAGAAUAGUUAUGUACAGUUGUGUUUGUUACUUAAAGGCAAAGAAUCCCAUUUUGUUCAAUUAUCUUGGCAAGAAGCCCAGGCUGUUUUAAUAA